AUGUCCAGACAUACCAUCGAAAUACCACUGAAGGAGUCGGCGGAUGAGGUGAUUGAACUCGAUUUGGAUGAACUGCCCGAUUGUCGGGAAGUGCUGCAGAUCUUGCAGUCAGAGACGGCACCUCUGAAUGUAUGGAUCCAAUUGGCAUUGGCGUACUAUAAGCAGAACUGCUCGGAUGACUUCGUGCAGUUGCUGGAGAUGUCGCGUACGGACGCCUCCCUGUCCUAUCAGGACUACGAGAGGGAUCAGAUGCGAGCGUUGGACACUUUGGCCGCGUUUUACGUGUCAAAAGCCAAUCGCGAGAAAAAUCGCGACAAAAAGCGCGAACUCUUCGCUCAGGCGACUGUCCUCUACACGAAUGCCGACAAAAUCGUUAUGUAUGAGCCCAACCAUCUGGUCGGGAGGGCCCACUUCUGCCUGUCCGAGCCCGACAAAAUGGAGCAGGCUGAUGCACAGUUCACUUUCGUGCUCAACCAGGCGCCCAACAACAUACCGUCCCUCUUGGGCAAGGCGUGCAUCAGUUUCAAUAAGAAGGAGCCGAAGACGGCGCUCACGUUCUACAAGAAGGCGCUGCGGAUUAACCCCAACUGUCCGGCGAAUGUGAGGCUAGGAAUGGGUCACUGUUUCUACAAAAUGAAUAAACCCGAGAAGGCGAAGCUGGCCUUCGAGAGGGCCCUACAGCUCGACCCCCAGUGUGUCGGCGCUCUCGUGGGCCUCUCUAUACUCGAGUUGAAUCUGAAGACCUCGGAGUCGAUCCGACGCGGCGUUCAGAUGCUGUCCAAAGCGUACACUAUAGACCCGACGCACCCCAUGGUUCUCAACCAUCUGGCGAACCAUUUCUUCUUCAAGAAGGACUACCAGAAGGUCCAACACCUGGCGCUACACGCCUUCCACAACACCGAGAACGAGUCGAUGAGAGCCGAGAGUUGUUACCAAAUGGCCAGAAGUUUUCACAUUCAGGAGGACUUCGAUCAGGCCUUCCAGUACUACUAUCAGGCGACCCAAUUCGCGUCGGCGUCGUUCGUUUUGCCGCACUUUGGUUUGGGACAGAUGUAUAUCCAUAGGGGAGACGUCGACAACGCCGCCCAAUGUUUCGAGAAAGUGCUUAAAUCUAAUCCCAAUAACUACGAGACAAUGAAGAUCUUGGGCUCUCUGUACGCGCAGUCACCCAAUCAGGCGAAGAGGGAUAACGCCAAACAGUUCCUGAAGAAAGUGACGGAACAACAUCCCGAUGAUGUCGAGGCCUGGAUUGAAUUGGCACAGAUCCUCGAGCAGUCUGACCUCCAGGGCGCUCUCAAUGGCUACGGAACCGCUAUUAAGAUAUUCCGAGAGAUCUCGAGGAAUGCGACAAACGUUGAGAUUCCGGCCGAGAUCUACAACAACGUGGCGGCCCUUCACUUCCGGUUGGGUAAUGUGAAGGAAGCCAUGAAUAACUACUCGCUGGCUAUGAGACGCUGUAAUGAGGAGAUNACCCGUUCCUCCUCUUUCAGCUUCUGCACGGAUAACAUCUUCUGCCGCAACGCCUCCCUCUCCUCCUCCUGUUUGCGACGGAUCUCCUGCUCCUCUUCAUCCAUACGCCGCGCUCUCACCACAUGA